AUGGCCCUUCUAAUGGAGGGCGGCGACCCGAUGAGCGUGGACGGCUCCUCCACCAUGCCAGCCCACAUGCGGGUCAUGCCCGACAUGGGCAUCACCGGCGCCCCCAUGACGCUCGACGAUGUCGACCUCUUCGGCGAUGCCGUCAUGAACAACGCUCUCGACGCUCUUCCCCCGGCGCCUGGGCACCCUCCACCCAGUCGGGCCCUACAGCGCCGUAUUGCUGAGCUGCGUGCCCGCGGCUGCUGCCAGGGCAUCGCGUGGUCGCGGCAGGGGACUAUCGCGUCGAUUUCGGCGGAUGGGAUGUCCAUCGAGUUGAGGUUCUUGCGCACGAACCCAGAAAACGGCGACUGGGAGCUGACCGAUGCGGCGCUCUCGUUAUCCGUGGCACUGGUACCCGCCUCAUCGCCCAGUGCGACGUCGAGUUCUGGAUCAGGGACGUCAAAUACGACGGUUAUCUCGGCCGGCGCGCCGUUCGUUCAUCUCGCGUGGGCUCCGAGCGUGCAUACCUCGUCGUUCGAGCUGGCCGCGAUCGAUGCGCUGGGUCGGAUCACCAUCUUCCUGUUUACGCAGAAUAUCAAUAAGCCGUACCUGUCGAGGAAGUGGGAUACCGAUCCGGUUGAUGAUUUACACGCUGUGGUUGGGUGCUACUGGCUACCACUUCCGUUUAAUGUCUCCUACGUGGCCAACUGGGUGCAAACAGACUACCGCUAUGAGCCGAUUCUGUCGCCGGCCUGGGGCCCGAUUCACCCGAACCACACCAAGAGCGCCCUGGUCUGCGUCACCACCAACGGCCUGCUCAAGAUGCUCUUUCCGCAGAAUAACAAUCGCAUCGAAGAGACAUCUAUCGAACUGGAGAGCGUGACCGCGUCGGAUGAUCUCAUCACCCAUGCGGCCAUCGGAGCUGAUAGGAACACGCUGCUGAUUGCCCUCGCCAUGGGCUCCAAACAACUGCGCGUCGUGCGUGUCGGCAUCCAAUGGGGCCUGCCGCAGGUCGAUAAGCAGCAAAUGCCCCCUAGCGUACCGCUGCGUCCAUCGCUGCGCGAAAGCCGCGUGGCCGUGACGACGCUGCUCGACCCGGAGCAGCAGCAGUCUGAUGGCGAUGCUCCCAUUGCUCAGCUAACUCACCUCGAGAUCCUGCCGUCACCACUCGGCGAGACGCCGCAGACCGUGCUGCCGCCGGUGAUUUUGGCUGUGCGUUCCUACCUGCCGCAGGAGGGUUCGCUGUAUGCUGCUCACCAAGAGCCAUUUACGGUGAUCGAUCGCUGGGAGCUGUUCACUGAUCAGCCGAAGGCGUUUCACCCGGCUUUUGAGCAGCUGGGGGCGAAGAAUAGCGCUAGUUCACAGCCAUCGGCCAUGCAAACCCUUCGCAAGCUGGACCCCGUCGUGAUCCCCGGGAAGGUCGUAGUGACGGUCAACACGCUGCAGUUUGGCCGCGUCGUGUGCUUCGGGUUCAGCGACGGCACAUUACAGUACCGGGAUAGGUUCACCAUGAACGAGGUCUACACCGAGCAGGCCACGACGAAUAUUACCAGCCCCCUGCAGGUGGGCUUCCAGUGGGAGACUGAAGGACCAUGCCUGCAAAUGGCAUUCGCGCCCACAAACUGUUCCUUCGUCCAGGUAUCGGAAGAUGGCUCCGUCAAAUGGGUCAAGCUGCGCUACCCAGUUGAUGAUCCAAACAUGACGCUGCAAGGCCCCAAGCUCAAAGCCGUCGCCGCAUCGCUAGCAGUCGCCUCGGUCGGCGCUAACAUCGCCGGCCCCAACAUCCACAACCACUGCGACGACGUCAUGGCCAUCGCUCGGCCCCUGGCCAAGAAGUUCAAGGACUUUCCCACGGCUUGGGUGCGCGAGUUCGUCACCAUGUUCAAGAUCACCGUCGACUACUCCGAAGAAGCCCACCACGACCAGCUGAUGCGUAAUUCCUUGCUCCAAUUCUGCCUCUCCAUCCUCAACCAUUUCGGCUUCAACGGCGACUUCCAGCCGCGCACCUUCAGCGGUAAAUUCGCCAACUUGGCGUUGGCCGUGCGUAACAUUGUUGUGUUGAUCACCAUCGCGUCUAAUGCGCCAAAUACGAUCAAGGAGAAGCUUAGCCCGCUUGAUGAGCCCGAGGUCGUGGAUGCUUUGGCCUCGUGCGCAAAAUGGGGGUUUGAUCUACUUGCUUGGCUGACAGAUCGUCUGCUGGCGUUGUCGACGGACCAGACUAUCAAGGCGAUGCUCGCAGACCAGAAACGCUUCCCCGACCUGGCGCGAUACUUACACUCCAAAAACGACGUCUCCCUGCACCUGCUUCUGUGUUCCUCUACUAGAGGCCUUCUCUCUGCCGUCUGUCGCCGCCUCCAAGUCGUUGAGAGCCUGGCGCACCGCGCUACCGUGUACUACGAGUCGCGGUACGCGGUAGAUCCGGCGGCUGCUGCACAAAAGACCCUCCCUCCAUUAUAUCAUGCCUACGUAAAAAUGCAGCGAGUCGUGACCGCCUCCCUCGUCAAAGCCUCCGACUUUGACAAGCUCCUCACCGCUCUCAGCCGUGACAUUCAAACCGCCUACAUCCAAACCUUCUCUGGCGUAGCCACGCAGAUCCGACAGCACGCCUCCGGCUCCGGCGGCCAGCCCCUCACCGAACAACAGCAGCAGCAGUGCAACGAGCAGUUCAUUAAAAAAGCCCAAUCCCACGUCGAGUUGGACAUGUUACUAGGCCAGAACCCGCCGCCAGGGUUCAGAGAAGUCCUGGCCUGUUUUUUUGGCAACAUUUUCCCGGCUUUCCGUGCCACGGUCGAUCCGAGGAGCGUGUUCUUUGCGGAUUGGUCCUUGCUGGAGGAAAUUGUGGCUGAGGAUGAGAGGACGUUGAAGAGAAGACGCGAGGGAGGCGGGAGAUAUGUGGAUGUUUUUAAGAGGGUUGAGCUGUGCGGAAGGGGGCAGGUCCUGCCUAGGGGGAGGAUUGUGGCUUCUGUGAAAACAGAAAGAGCAGAGGCGGUCCCGAUGGUGCCUUCACAGAGUCAGUCCUCGCACCAAGCUGCCAGUCAGGCACAAGGGCAGCAGUCUCAACAGCAACAGGGCGCGACCCCCGCUCCAAACGCAACUCCCUCCGUCCCUAUAUCUCAACUUAACCCCCCUACAGGUCCGACCCAGCCACCUAACUCCUCUGGCAAUACUGCCAAUGCCAAUCCCAACACGGGAACGAACGCCAAUACCUUAGGUGGUAGUGUUCCAGGGCUGCAAGGGUUCGUCCCCGUGACGGCUAACCUGGCCGUAAAUGCCAGCCAGUGGAGGAGGUGUGUAAGGUGUGCGGCAGUCAUGGAGGAUGUGUGGGGGCAGAGGCCGGGGUUUACGUUUGUGUUGACGCAGCAGAGACGAUGUGCCUGUGGUGGGGGGUGGGGGUUGGUUCCGAGAGGAGAUUAG